AUGAGUUAUUUUAAUAAAUGCAAGUUAUCACUGCUUUUUUCUCUAGAAAUUAUUUUUUUAUUUUCUUCUGUCGUUAAUGCUGUUGUUAUUCCAAAUAAAAAUGACAAAGUCGUUCACUUGAACUUAGAAAAAAGGGUUAAUACAGAUUUGUCUCCAAUUGAGGCUGCGUUAAGUGGUUCUAUUGAGCUUUAUGUUGAUUUAGAAAUUGGUACUCCUGAACAACAUGUGAGAGUUUUGUUUGAUACAGAAGCCGCUGACACUUGGGUUACCUCUCCAAGUAACCCCCUAUGCAAAAAUUCUACUGUUUGUGUAGAAUAUGGUACUUAUGAAGCUAAAAAUUCUUCUACUUAUAAGUUGAAUUCAACUUUGGGAGAUUUAAGAAUUGAUACUGAAGACUACUCACUUAAUGGUACUUGGGUCCAGGAUACCGUCAGAUUAGGUGAUUUAUCCGUUGAAAAUUUUGUUUUUGGGGUGGCCAAUGAGUCCGAUAUUCGUAAAGGUGUUUUAGGUGUUGGGUUUGAGUCUUUGGAAGUUUCUGGUAAUUCUGUAUAUCCAAAUUUUCCACAAGCCUUAAAAGAUGGUGGUUAUAUUAAUAAAAAAGCUUAUUCCUUAUUUACAAAUUCGUAUUGUGCUUCUGAAGGUAGUGUCAUAUUUGGUGCUGUUGAUGCUUCUAAAUAUACAGGUGAUCUAUACACACUUCCAUUAGUUAAUGGUAGUGAUUCUACAGAUUUCACUGUUGCAUUGCAAGGUUUGGGUGUUAUUACAGCUGCUGACGAAAAAGUUACUAUCAUUGAUACACCAACUGCUUUGGUGUUUGAUAAUACUGAAACUACUAGUACUUUCCCUACAGUAAUUGCAGACGCAAUUGCUGCCCUGGUUAAUGCCACUUACACUUCUGAUGGUAUUUAUCACUUAACUUGCCCAGAUGAAUCUGAUGCUUCUACAAUUGUUUUAGAUUUCGGAGGUGUCCAUAUUUACAUUCCAAUAAUCAGUUUUAUUGCUUAUGAUGACGAUGCUGAUGCUUGUUACUUAGGAUUUUUUCCACCAGAUGAUGAUGAUAAUCAGGUAACUAGUGUUUUAGGCGGUACUAUUUUGCAAGAUCUUUAUGUUGUUUAUGAUUUAGAAAGCUAUGAAAUCAGCAUCGCCCAUGCCAAUCUUGCAGGUGUUAAUGAGAGUGAUGUUCAAGUUAUCACAAGCACUAUUCCAGGUGCCACAAAGGUUCCUGGAUAUUCUAGUACUUCUGUUGCAACUAACUUUACUACUGGUGGCAAUAUCUUUACUUUAUCAAGUGAACCAAUAAAUCCAUGGCUAACUACUGAAAUCAGAGGCUGCAAUCAAGAUAACUGGAUCACAGUCAACGGGACAUAUACUACUGCGCCAGCAAAUGGUACUGCAACUUCUGGCUAUACUACCAUUAGUUCAAGCGACGCUACUUAUGUAACACCAACUUCUUCUAAUAGUGUGGCUAAUAGUUCCUCGACUGCUACCAUAACUUCUAAAGCUGGAGCUUCAUCUUUAAAAUUGGAAAAAAUGUUGUUUAGUACCAUUGUGUUUAUUGUUUCAAUUUUAUUCUAA